AUGAGCGGACAAGAACCAUCUGUCGUACCACUUGAAUCUAAUCCUGAAGUUUUCAGUGAUUUUGCCCAUGGGUUAGGGCUUGAUAAUUCCUAUGGGUUUGUCGAUAUCUAUUCCCUAACCGAUCCCGACCUAAUGGCUUUUACACCCGCUCCAGUGAAGGCACUUAUACUGUUAUUUCCAUUGAAUGAUUUCUUUGAAACUUCUAAGGAUGAUGCAUCUGCCACUGAGGAAUCUCAAGAUGAGCCUGUUUGGUUCAGACAGAGUAUUAAAAAUGCCUGUGGUCUCUAUGCACUAUUGCAUUCUUUGAGUAACAACUCACAACUAUUACAAAAGGAAUCUAAGUUGUUGCAAUAUUUACAAUUACAUCCAUCCAGUGGGAACAGAUAUGCUGAUAAUCCAACUGAUGAAUUUGUUUUAUCCAUUAGUGAGACCAAUGCCGAUAGGUUUCAAAGUGGUCAGUCGAGAGCACCUGAUGCCGAUGAGGAUGUCAAUCUACAUUUUGUAACGUUUGUUGAAAAAGAUGGUAAAAUCUAUGAACUAGACGGUAGGAGGCCUCAGGGUGCCAGACUUUUAGGUAAUGCAAGUAAGAGUCCCGAUGAAGGUCUACUAGGUGAAAAACUUGUUAGCGAUAGGGUUCAAUGGUAUAUGGAUAAGGCUGAUGAGAAGAAUAAAUUACAUUUCAACUUAUUAGGCUUAGCUCCUUCCCUAGAUUAA